GCCAAACUACAGCGACGCAGUUUCAACUUUUGAACUUUAUUUCUUAAAUGAAAGUGUCGCACGCAACUCCUGAAGUUCACCGAGGACUGUUGACGUUUAACGGGGACCUGAACACCAGAGUCGGGUCAGGAAAUAAGGGAUUAAAGGACUUUUGUUGAAGCAGGAAGAUAAUGGUCGCUGGAGGACUCGAAUAACGACAGAGUAAACCAGCAACACACACACACACACACACACACACACACACACAGUGAGGAGAUCAUGUGGUGGUUCCAGCAGGGUCUGUGUUUCCUGCCUGCAGCGCUGGUCAUCUGGACGACAGCGUCCUUCGUGUUCGCUUACAUCACAGCGGUGGUGCUGAGACAUGUGGAUCCUCUGGUGCCUUACAUCAGUGACACAGGAGCGAUGGCACCUGAGAGGUGUAUAUUUGGCAUCAUGCUGGAUGUGUCAGCCUUUUUAGGUAUGGCCACAGUGUACGUGCGUUACAAACAGGUGGAGGCUCUGAUAGAUGAAGGCGAGCUCAAACUGAACAGACUGAACCGCUUCGGGCUGGUGUUUGGCUUGAUCAGCUCCUUUGGGAUGUGUGUGGUCGCCAACUUCCAGAAGACCACGCUGUUCUCGAUGCACCUGGUGGGCGCGGUGCUGACCUUCGGGGUUGGGGCUCUCCACAUCCUGGUUCAGACGCUGCUCUCGCUCCUCAUGCAGCCUCACAUCCACAGUAAGACCAUCUUCCUGGUCCGCCUCGGCAUCGGAGUCUGGACCUUGAGCAGCAUCAUCAGUAUGUUCAUAUCAUCAGUCAUUAUGUACAGCAGCCUUCCAGGAGUGGACGUACCUAAAAAACUGCACUGGAUCCCUGGAGAGACGGGUUACACGGCUCACAUUAUCAGCACUGUGUCUGAGUGGUCUCUGGCUCUCUCCUUCAUCAGCUUCUUCCUCACCUACAUCAGAGACUUUCAGAAAAUAACUUUGCGAGCAGAGGCAGAUUUGCAGAGCAGCCACCUGUACGACAACUGGCCACCCGGUGGCAUCACAGCAUCAAAUCACAACCAUGACGCCUUGGAAUCGUCUCCACUGCUGGCAGGAGGAACAUGACCGGCUGCAGAGCAUCUCACUGCUUUUAAACAAAUUUUCACUUUUUCUAAACACGUUUAAAGGCUUUUUAUAAGGACUUUUUUAAAGCUGGUGUGGUGGCUCUGAAAGGGUCAGUACAUCCAAAAACAUACUCUCUCUUCCCUCUAGUGGCAUCUGUCAAGUCAAGUAGUUUGAGUUUUUAUGUGUCUGUCCAAGUUUGGAGAUUUCUGCCUCCACCCCAGUAGCUUCUUUGCAUAUGAUGUCAUAUGUCAGUGCACUGUCCAGAUGGAGGGCAGGCAACUGAAGGCAAAGACUACCAACACUGUGCAAAUGCUUAUGAUCUGCACUGUUUAUGGCUGAUCCAAUCAAUCAGAUCAGGACAAAACAAAGGCUACUUUUAGUCUUUAAAAUAGUAGGACAUACAGGUGAGAAUUAGAAGAAAAUACCAAAAAGUCCCAGAGAAACAGCGGCAAAUGGGGGAUCAAAAACUUUUGUCUUCAGUCUGGAGGAGCAGUCAACUUAUUUCAAAUGUAAACAUUAAAGCAUGUUAAAUGUGUCAUGUUGGAUGCAGUUAGAAAAUGUUGUGACACCCUCUCAGUGUUUUUAGCCACGACCCAGAUUUUUAACAGCGUUUCACCAGACCUCUAGAAACAGUUGACCGAGCAGGUAGAAAAUAGUUGCUAAAGUUAGCUAUUAUUAGCCAAUAACGUUGGCUAGUAACGUUAGCUUGACAGCGACGCAUCCAUGUCCAGAGUUGAAAUGUAAAAGACAGUUAUACUCAAAACACAUUUACUCACCCUGUACUGUUAGUAACGUUUGGAGGUGUGGAGGACGAGGUCAUUUGUAAUGUCGACCCUUCACCCUUCCAACAUGACAACUGAAAUAUUCAACAUUAACAUUUCUUUCAGUAACAGAGUUCCUGAUACUCUGGAUACCGCACAGAGCAAACGGGAGACAAACCAAACUAACUGACUGGAGAGAUAAUACGAAGGGGAAGAGACAGAUUUGCUGUUUGUUUUUUUUUGUUUUUUUUUUUGUUAUAAUUGGGUGAAAUGAGCCUUUAAACCCAAAUAUGAGGCUUUGCACUUGUCCAUCAAACUGCAUCAGUCCAUUUCAGUGACUGUUCACUUCAGUGCUGCACUUUAUGUCAUUUAUACUUACUGUUUAAAAAAGAGUGUGUUUUACUUUCAGGUGUAAGUUAUGCUUCCUCUCCCCUCACGUGUCGGUGAAGCCCACUGAGUCAUAUGGUAGAAAAGAACAUUUGUUCAAAAAAGAAUGAUGAUGAAAUGGGCUCGCUGAUUUAAAGUAGCAGAGGAGAGAAUAUUUGUAGGAGCGCUGAGUGUCAGUUUAUAUAUAUAUCUGUAUCUAUGCAUAUAGGACAGGUUGUGAUUUUAACUAAUUGUCUGACAUGAGUUACCAAUCUGGGUUUUAUAUUAGUUGCAUUCCAUUUGUUUAUUUUAAAGGUGUUUUCAGUAAAUACUACUGAUUAUUACAGUAUACAUAUAUUUACUGUUUUUACUGUAAAAGCCAUGUUCAUACUGCAGAUGCAUUAUUCCCUUUAAGCAAUGUGCACAGUUUUCUUUAGAAACUGAAUUACUGCUGUGCUCACCUGUAGGUGACGCUGGUUGGCGGGUUUAUAAAUGUUCUGACAGUAACUGAACAGCUUCUGCUGGAGAAUCAGCAGCCUGAUGAAAGUCAGAUUGUGGUAACAUGCUGCAGUAUGCCACCAGAAUAUUUAAAUAUUUUGAUAUAUUAAGUUAAAUAAGUAUUAAGUUAAUAUAUUAGUAUUACAAAUUGGUUCAGUUUGUAUUUAAAUAAUACAUAAAUUCACUUAACACAAUUAUUCUGAUGACACACUCCAGACUCCACAGUACCUGCUGUCGAUUAACUGAGAACAUAAAUAAUAAUAAAUAAGAAGAGAAAUAAACAUUAAUAUUUAAGCAGAUACAAAGCUACUGAACUUCCAACCCUGAGUUUCAACUGUACCUUGUAUUGUUGGUGUGAUGUUCAUGUUAAGAUUAAUAAAGAUAUAUCUCUUUGUA